GUGGAGAGGUAGCCACCUUCUUCGACACGGCCUCAUUACUCUUCCACACUCCAUCUUGAUUACUUGCCCUGUGAUUCUUCAUCCUUAAACCACAAUCACAGAGAAGCCAUGGGAAACGCACAGAGUGGAGGGAUUCCCAGAGAGAUCCUGGAUGACCUCAAGCAGACCACCAGGUUCUCUGAAGCUGAGAUCACCCAGUGGUACGAUAACUUCCAGAAGCAGUGUCCUUCAGCUCGCAUCACACUACAACAGUUUGAGGAGAUCUACGGGAAAUUCUUCCCCGAAAGUGAUGCCAAGACCUAUGCCCAACACGUUUUUAGGUCCUUUGACGCCAAUGAUGAUGGAACAUUAGACUUUCAGGAGUACGUCGUUGCUCUUCACAUGACCUCUUCAGGCAAAUCCACCUUGAAGCUAGAGUGGGCUUUCUCACUGUUUGAUGUGGACAAGAAUGGUUACGUCACAAAACCUGAAGUGAUUGAACUCAGCGAGGUAAGAAAAUGA